CGGGGAAGGCCAGCUUCAUUAGUGGCCGGUUUAGGGUUCGGCAGGGCUGGAAGACACCUUAGUAUUAUUCGCGUGCAUUGGUGAACAAUAUUUCUCAUCGCGUUUACCAAUCUUUGUCAAUGCCAAACGUGGCAUGAGAGACGGUCCAAUUCUCGCGUUUUUCGGGCUGUGAGCAGGAGGGGGUGGCAGGCAUUCUCGAAGUACAGGCAGCUCGGGCUUAGGCUUGUUCUGUGCUUUGAAAUGUUGAAAUGGCCGUGGUUAUGGAUUAGGCCGGUGUCCCAUGGCUUUUGCUGUGAAUAUUGAGCGUUUGCACUGGUUUGAGGUUUUAGCAUGACUGGAGAUCAGGAGGUUUGAGAUCUUUGGUUUGUGGUUGAAGUGGACUAAGUCGGUUGAGUGUUUGUGUGGAAGCUGGGUUUUUAAGGCUUUGGGGUCCAGGUGGGAGGUCGUACUAGUUUUCCGUCUUUAUGGGAAUUUCCGUGAAUUGAUGAAGGAUCCUAGGUUAUAGAUUAUGGUAUUUGAGGGAUUGGAUGUGAUAUGUGUUGGCCGGGUGUGGGCUUUCGCUGAUCGAUGUUGUGAUUUCAGGGUUAGAUAUAUGCAGAUAAUGAAGUGAGUGCUUGAAUAGAGCUAGAGGCUGCUCUUGAUGUUGCACGUUUGAAGUAAUUGGCAUGGGUUCGAUAAGUUGAAUCGGCGGCGUUAUUGGUUGUGGGUGACUCGUUGAUUAUGGGAACCGGGUAGGGGUUUUCGGGGCAGAUUAUCUGGGGACGGACGGAGCCCGAGAAGUGGUGUUAAGUGGUAUGCUGUAGAGAUUUUCGGUGAAAUUAGAGUUGAAACUGAUGAGGGUGUAGACCGGAUGGAGUUCUUGUUCGCGAACUUGGCGUUGCGAAGCUCGAUUAGUGAAGCGGUCGAGAUCUUAUCCUUCUGUGAUGCUUGAAAGGCAUCACAUGGUAUUUUGAGCAGAGAGGAUUGGCACGUCAUGGGUCUUACCUGUAAAAUAUGCUUCGAAAACGCCUCAGGGCAGGGCAAGCAAGCUCGAAUUACAUCCUGCGGCCAUGUGUUUUGCCACGAUUGUGCAACUAUUUGGUUUCGCACGGAAACAAAUUGUCCAGUCUGUCGGAAUACUGUAGCAGGAUUUUCAGGGCUGAUUGCACUGUUCGACCAUGAUGCUGGGCUGCAGUCGCCUUCUCUUGGUUUUGACGAUGAAAUCAGUGAAAAUGAAGGGGAGAUUUUAGGGAUUUCAGGAUGUGAAGAUGGGCAGGUGCGAGAUGGCUCUAGUGGGGCAAAGUCUAGUGGGGUUGGAGCUAGCGGUGCAGGAGAGAACGGAGCAAUUCAGAUUUCAGGAGGGGAACCGAGUUCUACAGGCAGAAGCAGUGCCGAGGGGACUGCUGCAGGUGCAGAUCGAGGUCGUGUUGCUGAUUGCUUGCAGCGAAGGAAUUGUGAUAACGAAGAUGUACAGGUUAAGUAUGUGUUGGGUAAAGUUGCUGAGAGGUGGCAACAGGUCAUGGUUGAGCGCGCAAGGCUCAGGGUUCAAGUAGCUGCGCUUGAAAAAACCAAGCAAGAAUUGUCAGCGCGAGUUCAAGUUCUAACUGACGAGAAUGAAGUAAUGAAACAAGCCAUUAACAUGGGAUUUCGGCCCCGAGGAAGUGCAUCUAACUCUCGGUGGGACCUUGAUUGUGAUACCCAGGAUAGCGGUUAUUAUUCAGAGCUUCGCCUCCAGGGAUUAGAUAGGGAAAGUGAGAUUAAUGCCAUGGGAAGCUAUCUUACCAACCUCAACAUAUCACAGGUUGGUUACACUGAUUCCGGGUAUCUUCCAGUCAGAGGCGGAUCAAGGGCACCUGCAAAAGUUGGAGAGCGUCUUAGUGCUUCUAAAUGGGAACUUGCUCACACAUUCCCGAUGCAUUCUGGUCCUGUGCAUGGGAUCGCAGUCAAUCCAUCAGGGAAUCUUGUGGCUACUGCUUCAUGGGACCACUUAUGUCGCGUAUAUGAUGUACACCUGGAAGAGGAAGUUGCUGUACUUUCCGGUCAUUUGCUCGGCCUUUAUGCUGUCAAAUUCUCUCCAGCUAAGCGAGACCUUGUUGGGACCGUCAGCUCGGAUCAGACCUGCCGCCUGUGGAAUACAGAUACUGGAGAAUGCCUCCGUGUUCUCGAAGGCCAUACGGAUGAGGUGAAUGGAUUGUCAUUCAAGCCAGGUACGCAUCUGCUAGCAACAGCAUCAGAUGAUGCCACGAGCAUGAUUUGGGAUGCCGAAAAGGGAAUCUCUGUAACUACUUUGAAGGGUCACAGACAUGGGGUUUAUGGUGUUUGCUUUCAGCCAAGCGGAGGUAAUUUAGUGGCCACAGCGUCUUUUGACUUCACGGCGAAGCUUUGGGACCCUCGUACCAGUGAAGAUGUGCAAACUCUUAGGGGUCACCUAGAGGAUGUUAUAGGUGUAGAUAUUGAUGAUUCAGGGAUGUACUUAGCAACAGGGAGCGACGAUAAAACAUGCCGGGUCUGGGACCUGCGCAUGGGUCAUCCAAUAGUUGUGCUCCAGGCACAUUCAGGUGAAGUGAAACGAGUUGUGUUUUCACCUUAUGGCAAGCUCCUGGCUACUACAUCAGGAGACACUACAGUCCGACUUUUUGACACCGCUACGUGGGAUUGUGCCCAGAUCCUCAGCUCACAUUCGGAUCAUGUAUUUGACGUAGCAUGGUCUCCCACGGCAGACUUCCUUGUAACUGCAAGCCAUGACAGGCUUUGGAAACUAUGGCAGCCCAGAGUUCCCUCUCUCCGCAACUCAGGCUUUACCUCUAAUAAUCAUCAGAGGUAUCCAGCUUCACAAGUAAAUUCCGACUUGAUGAGAGUGGAGCGUAUGGCUAUGGUUUAGGUGAAUCAGCCACGUACCUUCAUUGGAUUCUGUUACACAGAGAAGGUUACCCAAGUUUGUAUUGGAGCUUGUGUUAGAAGCAUUUUAGGCUGAUCAGCAACAUUCUGCAAAUUCAGGCCAGGUAGACUAGUGUUGUAGGUUUAGGUAGACACUAAGCUCGCCAGAACUAACUUCUAGUGGAGAAAGAAGGCUGAGCCAGUCAGCCACGGGUUAUGAGCUAAGGGAAGGAGUGGUAUUUAGUGUUCUAGAGCAGCGCAGUCGUCCUGAACCAGUAGGGUCAGGCGUUGCUUAUAAAUAGGCUACUGAAAUUAUUGCUUAUUUCUGCAGAGUUCGAAGCAUUAACCUGUGGUUGAUGACAUUCAUUUGAUAUAUUUUCAUUAAGAUGGAAGUUACCAAGCAAAUUACUCUUGGGAUUACUGGAUA